AUGGCACCCAAGUCCGCCGCGCCAGUAGCAGCAGCAGCAGCAGCGCGCUCCUCCUCGCUACCCGCGGCGCUUCCCACCCUCACAUGUGCCUUUAUCGCCUGGAAGGCCCUUAUCCUGCUGCUAUCCCUCGGCGCCCUCGUCGGACCCGACUACGACACGUCUACCUCGCUUUUAUUUUCACUCCUCCGCUCCUCCUCCUCCUCCUCCUCCUCCUCCUCCCCUCCCUCCAGCCUCGGCGCCACGCUCGCCGCUCGCCUCACCCGCUGGGACGCCAUCUACUUUGUGCACGGCGCCCGCGCCGGCUACGUCUACGAGCAGGAGUGGGCGUUCAGCCCGACCCUCGCGCUGGCGCUGCGCUGGGUCGCGGGCCGCACCCGCGUGCUCCUGGCCAUUCCCGCCGGCGAGGGAGAGCACCUGGAAGCCCUCGCGGGGGUCGCGCUCGCGCACGCGUCGCACGGCGUCGCUGUGUUUGCGGUGUACCGCCUGACUUUGCUGCUGAGCGGUAGUAACAAGCGGCUCGCGCUCCUCGCGGGCCUGCUGUGCGUCGUCUCCCCCGCCGGCGUGUUCCUCUCGGCGCCGUACGCGGAGGCGCCGUUUAGCGCGCUGUCGUUUGUGGCCGUCUGGGCCCUCGCGGCGGGCUACCAGCGCGCGCGGGGAUCGCUGGCGCGCAGCCUGGCGGUGCUCGUGGCGGGCGCGGUGCUGGGCCUGGCGACGGCGAUCCGCAGCAACGGGCUCGCGAGCGGCCUGCUCUUCGCGGUCGAGGCCCUGCAGGCGGCGGGUGCGUUUGUGCAGACGCCGGGCGUCGCUCCGGUGGUCGCCGCGGGAGCGGCGGCCGCGGGCGGCAUCUUGGUGGCUCUGGGGAGCGUCAUCCCGCAGUAUGUUGCCUAUAGCAUCUACUGUGCCGGACCAGAGGGCCUUCUACGGCCGCCCUGGUGUGACAAGACGGUGCCGAGCAUCUACAGCUACGUCCAAGACGUCUAUUGGAACGUCGGCUUCCUCCGCUACUGGACCCCCAACCAGAUCCCGCUCUUCAUCCUCGCCGCGCCGGUCCUGACGCUGCUCCUCGUCUCCGGGUACCAGAUGCUGCGCAACCCCGCCAGGGUCAUGGCGUCCGCGGCGGCGGACCACCGCGUGCUCGUGCAGACGCUCGCCGCCAGCCAGGCCGUCGUCGCGCUCCUCGCGCUCACGAGCUACCACGUGCAGGUCAUCUCGCGGCUGGCGUCGGGCUAUGUCGUGUGGUACUGGUGGAUCGCGGCAUGCCUGGUGGACAAGUCGAGCCGGAGUACGGGACGGGCAGCCGUCAUCUUCAUGGUCAUGUAUGGUGGCAUACAGGCUGUGCUGUUUUCUUCGUUUUUACCACCCGCGUAA